GUACGGCACUCAGCUCCGCUUCUCCUUGUCUUACCAUCCUCAGACUGAUGGUCAGACCGAGAUCACGAACAGGACUCUCGGGGAUGUCGCCUUACUAUUGCGGCCUCGACUAUCACCCUCGUGUUCCCGCGGACUUCCUUCGACCGUCCCAUAUGCACCCCGAUACGAGUUGUCCCGCGCUGGAUGAUUGGGUUGCACACAUGACGUCGAUUAUGAAGACCGCGCAUGAGCACAUAACCGCUUCCCAGACUCGCAUGGCAGCACGUGCGAACCGAUCGAGAAUGGAUCAUCCAUUCAAAGUCGGUGAUGAUGUGCUUAUUGACACCCGCCACUUACAGCUCGAAGCGGACAUGCUUCGCAAGUUUCGGCGUCGCUUCUUUGGCCCAUGCCGCAUCCUCCAGGUCGUCGGUUCUGAUACGGCAUCUAGCCCGGUCAGCUUUCGUGAGAAGCUGCCUGACUACCUACGCCAGGCUCGUGUGCAUGAUGUCUACCACGUCUCGUUACUGCGUCCUUACCGCAGACCGUCUGAGCGUUUCGCUGGACGACCAUACGAGCGCCCUCCACCCAUCAUGGUGGACGGUCACGAGGAGUUCCUCGUUUCAGACAUCAUUGGUCGCCGAGUCACCGACGACAACCCUCCCUACGUCGAGUAUCUCGUACGCUGGAAGGGUUACCCUGAUGAGGAGGCUACCUGGGAGCCCCUCGAGCACUUGCAGCACGCUCGCAUGUUGGUGCGUGCCUAUGACCGUGCUCGUCGUGCUGGGUUCACUGCUCCUCCUCAGCCCACUGACCCUCCUCCUUCUCCUCUGGCUGAGGAGACCGCUGAAGUUGAACCUGCUCCAUCUGAGGCACACCUUUAUGCUUCUGAGCGUCCACAGUGCACUCGUCGUCGUCGUGCUCGAUACGACGAUUGACUCUGACUUACCUUCCCACGUCUUUGACUUCUUAGUACUCCAUCCACAUCAGUUUUGCUACUUCAGCUCAUUGACGUUGCGGCUCUUCCUCGACGGCAUUCCGGACUUCUCAUCGUGGACGUCAUCGGCAGCUUCAUGGACUUCAUCACGAUCAGCUCUGCCUACUUCAGACGUCGCCACUCUCUUACUACUCUACCCUGUACAGUACCCUGCUUGUGUCGCAUGAUGGUCUCCCUUUAGCCGGGUUCCUCUGAGUUGGGCUCUCCCUUGGUAUACGCAUAGGCAUCGGGACCGUAGCGUU